GAAGUAGCGAAAUCCCACUGGUGUGGUUUUAAUGGUUUUAACUUAUUAAUGAAGCAAUCUGCGGCAAAGACAGAAUGUUACAAUGAUUGAUCAUCAAUGGCGCAGUCCGCAGAAGCACAUUGAUUCAGCGAGCUCAGUGUGCGUGGGUCUGUGGACGGCUGUCAGAAGAACUGGGAGGCUGAUUAUGAAACAGAAGCAGACUGUGAGGAGAGUUUGACUUCCGGCAAGAAUUGACUCCUUCUACCGAUGAAAAAAAUGCCGUUGUAAAUGAAGUUCUGAUUUGCUUUGGACACAGCAGGAUGGUGCGCAGAUGCUACAGUAGAGAUUUCGUGAUACAACGAUUGCACACAGCCUAGACAGAGGCAACGACAUUCCCGGUCCGGUAAUGGAGCUGUGUAAAGUUUUCCUGUGGUCUCUUCUCUGCUUCCAGUGCUGGUGGGAUUCCAGAUGCCUUGCUCUAAGGGGAAAUGACACCAGGUUGUACCGCCACCUGUUCAACCAUUACAACAAGGCGCUGAGACCAACCAGCGGGCCGGAGGACAUUCUGAUGGUGGAGAUAGGGGUCACGCUGACGCACAUCAUCGACAUGAACGAAAAGCACCAGACUCUGACAGCAAACAUCUGGAUGACAAUGGCUUGGAACGACUCUCACCUGACGUGGGAACCAGAGGACUUCGGAGGAUUCAAGGCUCUCACUCUACCGGCAGGCGAGAUAUGGAAACCCGACAUCGUCUUGUAUCAAAAUGUCGAUCCAUACUUCAGCGGAUGGUCAACGGACGACACGUACAUCAAGGUCUACAGUACGGGCUACAUCCUGUGGGAGAUGCCCACCGUCACCAUGUCUUCCUGUCAUCUCGACGUCUCCAGCUUCCCGUUCGACUCACAGACCUGCGUCCUCAAGUUUGGACCCUGGAUCCACAGCGGCAAGGAACUAGACAUGCGAAGCAUGGCUGAUGAGGGAAGCCUGGAGAGCUUCAUCGACCAUCCUGAAUGGGAAGUCGGCUCCUUCAAGGCAAAGCGUCACAUGAUCUGGUACGGUGAAGACUUCAACAUCGGAACGCCCUACGCAGACGUCACCUUCAAACUUGUACUCAAACGGAAGUCGACGUUCUACGUGUUCAACCUGUUGCUGCCGUGCCUGUUGCUGACGUUUGUUAUGACGGCUACCUUCUUCUUACCGAGUAACUGUGGGGAGAAACUGUCCUUCGGGGUUUCACUCCUUCUGUCCAUGGUGGUUUUCCAACUUGUGCUCACAGACGUACUCCCAGAGUCCGACAACUUGCCGUGGAUAGGUAAGCAUGAAAACACUCACUUUUCACUUUUAACGUUACUAUGUAAGAUAACUAUUUUUCCAGGAAACAAUGUAUGUUUUACAAACUGACAGUCACAUUCCAAACAAAC